AGAUGGUUGUGUUGUUGUGAGUUGCUGUCGUAUGAUUGAUAGUCUGGGUCUAUGGGCCUUCAUGACGUUCUCAUUACUGUUGUUAUUCAUGUUUGAUCUGAAGAGUGCAGAAAUGCCGAUAUGCCAGCAUUAGGCCUUGUUCGUCUUUAAUGUAAGAGUUAAGAUAGAUCAGCAUUUAGGGAGCAUGAACAUUUUGCUGCUGUCUUGGUUUUCAAUGGUCUCUAUUACAUGAGCUAACCCUGUACUGUAUGCAUGAAUACAAGGCUCUGCCUGACACUGUUGUGGCAGUUCAUACGGUUAUAGAGACAACAGUGGAUUAAAAAUGUUCUGUGAUCAUUCUGGUGGUAGUGGUUUGGUUACCUGUGCUUGCUCUUUGCAGGAAUGGAAUUGAAAGUGAGGAUACGGUUAUCUUUAAAACACAAAUGUUUGACAUUAAUGAGUUUGCAAAGUAGUACUUGGAAAUGAUGAACAGGGGCUCAUUUGUGGGACUGUGUUCGCAGUGCAGUGGUGCAGUGGUGCAGCUUUGCUUCAGUGGUUUCCCUACAGUGUCCACAAGGUGCAGCACCUUGAUGUGCAGCAUAAAGAAGAUCGAGUCCAGUGGCUAACUCCAUCUAAAUCUCUCUCUGGUAAAAUGCAUUUCUGGCCUGUUCCCAUUCCAGUCCUAAGACCAGUAUUUUGCAUCUCAUUGAUUUAUCCUCCCCCGCUCCCUCUCUCAGCUCCUGCUUAAACUCUCUCCAAUAAGAUGUGCACACUCAUCAGUUAUGAACUGGUUACGGCCUCACACUCAUGCACACCACAAGUGAUAUCAUGAAAGCAUUUGGUGGAUUGUCAAUGAAUGUUGCUAAAACUUCACAGAGACUUUGUAAGGAGUUUAAAACUUCACAGAGACUUUGUAAGGGGUUUUGGGAUAGGAAAAAUAAUUAGGGCACUCAGUCUACCUCCGCUAUUUCUCCCGUUUAAAGUCCCUUAAUAAACUCAGUUGGAAUAUCAGUUUUUGAUAUAAGUUUGUUGAAUCAGAACCACAAUGUGAGGUUUCUUUUUGAAUCCAGUGUCAUGUUGGCUGUGUGAAUGGAGAGGUAGACACAGGCAGCACCACACAGGGCAGACUCCUUCACUCUAAGUGCUGCUGGUCAUAUUCCAGCCAUCAGUGGAUGUGGAUCAAUGCCUGGUUUACAGCUUUACAUCAUCCUUGAAAUGCCCGGGAAAACAAGGAAACGCUCAGACCGUCAUUUAGAAACUAUUAGUCCAAAAAACAGCACAUCAUCCCUCCGGUCUCGCUGCCCUUAGAGGGAAAAUUCCUGUCUUGAUGGACCUGUAGGACAGACUUGCCCAAAAAGGGAGACACAGGGGGUUCAGCCCUUAACUGGUGCAGAAUGUGUACUAUGGAAGAUACUUCACAGAGGAUGGAGAUAUUUGGGAGAUGAGGAAUCAAGUAGUACACGUUUGUUUUCAACUCAAUACCAUGCGCUGGACUUGGAUUUAGAGGGACUUUUUGAAGACAAGAAGAUAUUAUCAUCAAACUCACCUUUUUGCUUUUGCUGGAUAUCAAGGGGUUAAAUGAAGGGCACCUGAAACAGAGUGACUGUUAAUGGAUCUCUUCUUCCACUGGAUCUUUACCGUGUUCAUCACGAGGAGCAUCGUCACCUGAGAGUUCACCUCCUUUAACACUGUGUGUGGCUGGGAAAAUGGGGGGGAGUAAAGUGUGACCAAUAGAUUUCAGUGUUCACAGCUAUUUUUCAGACAUUGUUCAAUUGUUUGUUUUGAUGUUUUCUUAGACACACACAUCCAGCAGGAAACAUUUGUUAAGUUGUGGAAAAUGCAUCCAAUAUGUUCAGCGCUGGCCAAUAGCAAGCUGAUAAAGGUUCUUAUUCAAACAAGUCAGCCAUGGUGCUGGAAGGCAUGGAACUGAUUGCAAUUACUGUAGUCAUUGGCCUGUUUUUUGAAGUGUUCAAGCAGUUUGGUGUCUGGGAGCCCUUGUCAUUAGAUGAGAGUAGCGACUGUGAAUUGGAGCUUUCUACUGUUCGUCACCAGCCUGAAGGCUUGGAACAGCUCCAGGUCCAGACCCAGUUCACCAAGAAGGAGUUGCAGUCGCUCUACAGAGGCUUCAAAAACGAGUGUCCCAGCGGGCUGGUGGAUGAGGAGACUUUCAAGAACAUCUACUCACAGUUCUUCCCCCAGGGAGAUGCCACCACAUAUGCACAUUUCCUGUUCAACGCAUUUGACAUGGACAGAAAUGGCUCUAUCCGUUUUGAGGACUUUGUGAUUGGACUAUCUGUACUGCUCAGAGGUUCAGAAACAGAGAAACUCCGGUGGGCCUUCAAUCUGUAUGAUAUCAACAAGGAUGGCUACAUCACCAAGAAGGAGAUGUUGGCCAUAAUGACGUCCAUCUAUGACAUGAUGGGCAGGUAUACCUCUCCCAGUGUACGAGAUGUUGAUCCAUCUGAGCAUGUGGACAAGUUCUUUCAGAAAAUGGAUCGGAACAGAGACGGGGUGGUGACCAUUGAUGAGUUCAUAGAGACUUGUCAGAAGGAUGAAAAUAUCAUGGCCUCCAUGCAGCUCUUUGAGAACGUCAUCUAGGUCGAGAAACGGACGGAGAACAUGGAUAGAAGUAUAAGUCCUGAUCACCUUAAUUGCUUCCGAUACCAGACCCUACAAGCCCCUCUGCACUUUAACCCCUCACCGUUUGAUAAUAGAAAAAUAUUUAUACACAUCGAAAUGAGGACAAUAAACAUUUGGCAGGGGGCAUAGGGAAAUGUGACCCUUUAAACGUUUGAUUCCACUACGUAUGGGAAAAGAAUCCCUACAAUGGUCCUAUUGACAGUUCUACUUUCCUUACCAUGGAUACCCAGGGAAUGGCAACAUAAAAAUGGAAAUGUUAGUACACUGUACAGUACUGCCCAUGCCUGAACAGAUUAUGAUCCUUUGCAUGUUUGCCUGAGACUAGUGUAAGUUAAUGUUGACACAGUGGAAUGCAAAUAUGAAUAUUGUUAUUGAGUAGGCUGAAACCUAAUAUUGUAUAUGUGUGUGUGUGUGUGUGUGUGUGUGUGUGUGUUUGGGGUCACAAAACUAGAUACCUAGGAUAAGUUGAUAUUCACACAAUAGCUUGGAAAUGUAAAAGCUUUUUACGUUGUGCCCCCCCCAACCCUCCCUCCCCCACCACCCGGGUAUAGCUCAUCAGCAUCAUGAUAGGAAGGUGGGAUUUAUUGAUGUUGCCAUAUCAUAUAUCAUGCCGCCAUACGUCCCAGCCUUCCUACAGCCUACGUCAUCUAAUCAUUGCAUACCCGGAGAGAGAAUGUAUUUUAAAAUGUUGUUGAAUAACACUUUCAUUCCCGAAUGAAUUUGCACUUUUAUAAAAGGUGACCUGUAAAUUGCAUGAUGUUUUUCAAUGGGAUUUUAUGUAAUUUUCCCAAAAAGUGGUUAUUUUCCUGUGGCAGUAAAUAUUUAUGAAUGACCCCCAUGUGUGUAAUUACAAUGUCAAUUGAUUCCCUGAGGGACAGUUGAAGAUUACUUGCACUUUGACUAUAUAUAUAUAUGCACUACCAUUCAAAGGUUUGGGGUCACUUAGAAAUGUCCUUGUUUUUGAAAGAAAAUCUAUUUUGUUGUCCAUUAAAUAACAUCAAAUUGAUCAGAAAUACAGUGUAGACAUUGCUAAUGUUGUAAAUGACUAUUAUAGCUGGAAACGGCAGAUUUUUUAUGAAAUAUCUACAUAGGCC